CGUCGAAGGCUAAGUUGAGCCAGCUAUGGCGGAAUCUAAACAUCAUUGUUUUAAAACAACAGGCAAACAACACUUAUUUUCGUCAUCAAAAUCCCAAAUAUUUCCAAAACAAAAACCGCUCAUACCAUGACUUAUAUAUAAGUUAUAGAUGAAGCUAAAAUAUCUAGGAUUUAGUUUGAAUUUCGGUCUCAAAUUUGUGUUCAAAAAUUGUCUAUUUUGAACCGAGUUGUGAAUAUUUCUACAAAUGGCAAAUUCAAAUGGUAUUUCUUCAUUCCAUUUUGGAAAGAAUGUAUACCUUUUGGGGCUGAAUGUCAGUAGGAGAGGACAAAGAGCUUUCUACAGUGGAAUUACAAGAGGAAAAUCUAACUUGGAAGGUUGUUGCAAGACGCUACAAGACAGAAAAGUAUCAAGUAGAAAGAUUAACACUGAAUUGAAGCCUAGAAAUCGGAAAAAUCAUCCAAAUGAGUCUUUAACUUCUAGGUCUGUCGUCCAAGGCAGCUUCUUAAAGGUUUUUAGGACUCACCAAUGUUUCAAUUCAAGAACAUUUGUAACUAGUCAACGCCUACGACUUCAAGAACCAUGGAUGAUUUCAGACUAUGAGGUGAAUUCCCUUGUUAAUAGAUGUGAGACAGCAGCUUCUGUUAAUCGUGGUAUUAUAGAUCGUUAUGAGACCAAUCAACUUGCUUCUAACCAGCCUGUUGAGGAUCGCAAGUUUGUCGUUAGCCUACUUCAUGAAGAUGGGGAGCAUUUAUUUGGAGUUCUCGAUGGUCAUGGAGGUGAUUCCUGUGCUCAAAGUGUCAGUCACAGACUUCCUGAUUACAUUGGAUUAGCUCUUUUACCACCAGAGAUUUUAAUGGAGUUAGGUAACGAUGUACCUGACGUGAGGGAAUAUCUAACAAUGACAAGUGAUUCCGAACAUAAUGGUUAUAAUUACAUGGAUGACCCAAUAUGCCGUCAAAGUUUAUAUAAGUAUUUUAAGAAGCUUAAGAAGAUGUAUGUUUCGAAAGGUUAUCAUGUAGGAAGUAACUUAAAGCAGAGGUCAUCCAGAGGGCUAUUUACUUCUUUCGCAGAAUUCCAUGACGUACGGACAUCCUUCAAAAUGAAUGCAUUGAGUCAUGCAUUUUUGAGCCUUGACGAAGAUAUCUCAGCAGAAGCUUUAAGGUUUGAUGAAGCCGGUAAAGUUAACGAACAUGCUUUUGCAGCAGCUAAUGCUGGAGCUUGUGCUUUAGUAGCACAUAUUAAUGRAACAGAGCUGUGUAUUGCCAAUACUGGGGACUGUAGAGCAGUGCUUGGUGUGGAGAAUGAAAACAAGAGCUGGUCGGCAAUUCAGCUUUCUUCUGAUCACACGACAGGUAACCCAGGAGAGGUUGAGCGUAUAGUCAGCCAACAUCCUCCAGAAGAAGCCACCACCUGCAUUGAAUAUGAACGAUUACUCAGUAGACUUGCACCGCUGAGAGCAUUUGGUGAUGUGCGCUUCAAAUGGGACUCUAAAACACAGAAGGAAGUGUACAGUAAGAGUAAUUCAUCUGUAAGAUAUUUCACUGAAAAAGAACAUUUAUACACYCCUCCAUACCUUACUGCAGAGCCUGAACUGACGUCAUACCAGCUUCAGCGCUCCGACAAAUUCUUGGUCCUGGCCACAGAUGGAUUGUGGGAUAUGUUGAGUAACGAAGAGGUUGUUCAUUAUGUAAAAGCACAUGUAAACAAGAAAAAUGGCGCAGAACGUGAGAAAACUUCAAUGGAGAUUACAUACAACAAGCAAGAAUUACCCUGCGAAAUGUUGAACUCUGCUUCGUGUCUGAUCCGCGAGGCUUUGGGUGGUGACGAUCAUGUGUCUGUGAGUACGUCGUUGAGUAUUCCGUUUCCAGAUGUGAGAAGGUACCGUGACGACAUGACUAUUAUUGUUGUUUUCUUUGACUGGGAUCAGCUGGAAAUACCAAGUGAGAGUGAACAGGAUUUUCCACUUAUAAUAUAAUAAUUGACAGAGGAAUUGGCGUGGGCAUCCACCUUGUACAGUUUCGAAAUCACUCCUAUGCCUCAAGAGAUUCAGAGAUUCCAGAGAUUCCCAUGGGGGAGGUGGUGGGGACCAAUAAUUUGCAAUGGUCCAAUUCCUUCUAAAUAAUGAAUAAUAUGAAUUCCGCACAAUGUGUAAUUGUAUGUAGAUUCGCUAAUGCUAUGCAGAAUAAGUCUAAAGAUCGUUUUUAUGCAAACUAAUGAAUCUAAAAAAUCUAAUGUGUUUACCACUCCUGGGUGGACGGCUUAAUGCCUAACAGGCCUUGUGGCCCAAUCGAUAAGGCAGCUGGUAGAUCAAAUAAGAAUUUAGAAGUUGAUUUUUGUGGAGGGAGGAAAAACCGGAGAACCCGGAAGAAAAACCCUCGAAGCGGGGGAGAGAUACAAUGAGCUAACUCCACUCACAUAAAACACCGAGCACGGAAGAGCUCGAACCCGGUGUAAAUGAUUUGCUGUUUAUUCGAUUACGUCACUUCGUCAAUUACUAUUAGCGUAGUAUAAUGUUUCAGCCUCGUGGCUUUAGAUUGAAUACUGUACGGGAGGAAAGAGGUAUGUACUAUGUUAUCCUUCUUAUUUUCCACCCCCUUUAUAUCAUCAUGUAACACCAACUAUAUGAUAUAAAGGGGGUGGAAAAUAAGAAGGAUAACAUAGUACCCCCUUUAUAUCAUAUAUUUGGUGUUACAUGAUGAUUUACAAUCACCUAUACCUGAUUACGGAAGAAACCCAUCAAUAUCUUUAGAUCCAUACUUCAACGUAUACAAAUCUGUUAUGAUUUAAAGAACMAAACUUAUACAAUGUUACCAAAGUUUACGCAUGUGAUGCUAGCUUAGUAACCCGAUUAUAGUCGCUUAUAGUUAGUUAUUUAUGUCCUUUGUAUUAUGUUUUAGUUUUUACGUGAUCCAACAUUAUUACAAUAAAGAAUCGAGUAUGGAU